AUGACUGUAGAUCAAUUCUUCAUAAUAAACAGGUCAGGAGGAAUGGUAUUUAGGUACGAAAAAGGAGACAGUACGGAGAUAAACAAUCUUUUGGUAUUAACAAGUUCUUUAUAUUCAACAUGCAUGAUCUCCUCAAAAAUAUCGGGUCGGUCAACAUCAAAGCAAAUCAUCCAUUUCGAGAAUCGAACAAUAUCGAUAUUUAAGACAUUUUCAAGCACAAUGUUUGUUUUUGUUGGUGAAAAGGUUUCCGACCAGACCUUUAGCAGAGUCUAUACACACUACUGCGAGUACGUAACAAGGAAUCCAUUCCAUACUCCAGAAAUGCCAAUUAAUUGCUCAAAGUUUAAGCCUCAUCUUAUUUUCAACUAA